AUGGCGUUCAACUUCAACUGGUCGCCUUUAAUGGCGGACGCGGGUUUUUACACUCGCGCCCAAGAACUCUUGACGGCCGCCCUGAAUAAAUCGCCAAAACCGCCCAUUAUCGUCGAUGAUAUUAUAGUCACCGAACUCAACCUGGGCUCCAUGCCCCCUGACUUGGAAAUCCUGGAGAUCGGAGAUCUAGCGGAGGACCGAUUUCGAGGAAUUUUUAAAAUGUCGUAUUCCGGCGAUGCUUUCUUGACUCUAAAGACCCGAGUUCAAGCCAACCCACUCAACACCUACCUGAUUACUCGACCUUCUUUUGCGUCGCCGAAACCUUUGGCUGCCGCUACCCCGCUCACCAUUCCUCUCCAAAUUACCCUCUCCGAUUUCAAGCUCUCAGGCUUCGUAAUAUUAGUCUUUUCGAAACAAAAAGGAAUUACGGUUGUAUUUCGAAAUGACCCACUAGAAUCUUUGAAAGUCUCGUCAACCUUCGACUCUAUUCCCUUUGUGCGUGAUUUUCUACAGAAAGCGAUCGAAGCGCAAUUACGAAUUCUCUUUAUGGACGAAUUACCCGCCAUCAUUCAUCGACUAUCACUUCGUCUAUGGGUUCCCGAAUACCGCGCAGGGGAAGAUGCGCAGAACGAGUCCGAGAACACCGACAAGACCACCAGUGAAGGUCCCGGCCAUGACCCGCUGGCGAGCCCGCCACAAGACCCCGUCGACUCGCUUGGAAAUGCAUUAAAUGAAACCGAAAUCGCAUCUUUGUCUCUAGACUCGUCGGUAGAAACACACUCUCUGUUCUCCCAAAAGAACCUGCUCCGUCUCGCCGCCCUUACAGAUUCCCAACGAACCCUUUCACUCUUCACACCUUCUAUCACCGAAGUGGUCUAUCGCGCUUGGACAUCACCUUCCGAUCCUAGCGAAUUCCCAGCUAGCGUCCUGUCCCCCCUCAGCCCGGCUUUGUCUCGCACCCACUCGCAGGUGGGCAGCAUGUCCUCAUCGAUCCAUGAAUCCGGCAGCACUGUCUCUCUACAAAGCCGACCAUCUCUAUCAAGUCAUUCACUUAGCAGCUACGGCCUCAGUUUGGGAGCAGGACGUCACUCGAAAGCCAACUCUCGAAGACGCAAGAAGCGUGUGGUGGAUCUGCGCCGUCCCAAGACCACCGACGACGCGAUGAGCGUGAGUGACGAUGGGACCCACACAGAGUCCACUAGUCCUCCAUCCAUCGCUUCCGCUCCCCUUCCCAUUGUGAAUGAGCAAUCUGAUGACCCAGUGACACCUCCACUGUCCCCCGAGACAGAUGCUCACUUGCCGACCAUUCCCGAGCGACACCGGACAAGCAUCUCUCGACCUACCGACAUGGCUUAUGAAAAGUGUGAACCGUCUUACCUGCAUGAAACAAUUCGCCCUUCGAAGUUCCCUGACUUUGAUGCUACUCCUCGCCCCUUGCGUAACAGCUCUCAAAAUGAGAAGGCUGAAGCCAGUUCCUCAAGUGCCGCUCGGCAGCCAUUGCCCGCCACCAUUCUUCCCUUCACAGAAAAGGAUGAAGAAAGCAAGGGCCCCGUUGACCCUCUUCUAGUCGAACGUCUAGCCGGAGAGAUAGCUCGCCGAAUGCGCGAAGAGAAGCUCAUGUCAAACAACGCAUGUAGCAACUUCUGGACUCGCGGUCAGGAUGACACGCCUCCCCCGGCCUAUGGUCAUUGA